AUGGGCCCAUUAGCAUUUCUUCUUCUUCUUGGCCUGCUGGCAACGGCUACUCUCGGCCUGCCCUCGCCCAUUCCUGCCAGACACGGGACUGGCCAGAGGACAGACCGGGUGCUCGGUGUGCCGAUAGUCAACUCCAAUGCCCUGAACCGCGUCUCGAAUUGUUACAUUGUCGUCUACAACGCCAACUCUAGCGACUCCGAUAUUGAUGCUCACCAGAAAUACGUCAAGUCCACCGUGGCCAAGCACAACCUGCGACGACGGGCAGCCUGCAAUAACACGAGCAGCGAGAACAGCAGCGACAUGUCCGUGAGCACGCACCGCAUCGGCAGCUGGCGCGCCCUGUCGCUGCAGGCGGCCGGAGACGACGCUAUGGUCGACAUUGCCGGCUCGAGUACGGUCCACUAUAUCGAGCAGGACGCGCGCGUGAGCACGCAGGCGCUGACGACCCAGACCGACGCGACGUCAGGACUGGUGCGACUGAGCCAUGCCGCCGCUGGCAACAGCUCGAGCGGCUACGUCUUUGACGCCUCGGCCGGCCAGGGCAUCACGGCUUAUGUCGUCGACACCGGCAUCUUGGUGACUCACAGCCAGUUUGCCGGCCGUGCCACUUUUGGGGCCAACUUUGUCAACAGCGUCAACACGGAUGAGAACGGCCAUGGGUCACACGUGGCCGGCACCAUUGGUGGGACCACCUUUGGCGUGGCCAAGAAUGUCCGGCUGGUCGCCGUCAAGGUGCUCGAUGCUGACGGCGGAGGCACCAAUAGCGGCGUCCUCGCCGGCCUCGAGUGGGUGGCUGCCAACGCUACCGCCAGCGGCCUCGCCGGCAAAGCUGUCAUGAACAUGUCGCUCGGUGGUUCCCGCAGUCGUUCUAUCAAUGCAGCCGUGUCUGCCAUCAAAGCCGCCGGUGUUGUCGCCUGUGUCGCCGCCGGCAAUGAUAACGUCGAUGCCAAGACUGAGUCGCCCGCCUCGUCCGCCGAUGCCAUCACGGUCGGCGCCAUUGACCAGACGUCCGACGUGCGCGCGUCCUUUUCCAACUUUGGCCAGUCUGUCGACAUCUUCGCUCCCGGUGUCAAAGUUCUCUCUGUUGGCAUCACCAGCUCCACCGCCACCGAGAUCCUGUCCGGCACCAGCAUGGCCACCCCGCACAUCGCCGGCCUAGCCGCCUACCUCAUGGCUCUCGAGAACAUCACUGACCCGUCUGCCGUGCAGGCCCGCAUCCAGGCCCUGGCCAGCCUCACUGGUGCCGAUGUCACCGGCAACAGAGGCGCCACCACCGACCUAAUUGCAAACAAUGGAAAUCAGUGA